GGGGGUGAGAGAGGAGGUGACUCUCCGGCAGCAUUUAGACACAGCGAAAGGAUCAUGGCGGAUGGCCCCAGGUGUAAGCGCAGAAAGCAGGCGAACCCGAGGAGGAACAACGCUCCUGGAAGUGUUGCGUCAGCUUCAACUUCCUCCUGCUCCUAAGAUUAAACUCGCUCAACAGGGGAAGAUUCUGUGGGAGCACACCGCAGUGGAAAACGCAGAGCCCCUCUCUCUCCCCCUCCCUCCUUCCCUCUCUCUGUUGAUGUCCAGUUGGAGCACCUGGGAGGAAGCAGCUUUCGGUGUAACUAACUACAGCAAUGCGGUGGAAGCGUGCUCGGACUCGGAUGACGAGGACAAGCUGCACAUCGCGGAGGAGGAAGGCAGUCUGGCAGACAGGGCCGACUGUGACAGCACCCUGCCCGACGACAAGCACCCCAGGGAGUGCUGCUGGGAUGGAGUGAAGGAGGAUUGCACGUCGGACGCUGAGGACGACGGGAGCACGGACGCCCUCGUGGAGGAGAUGCUGCAGCAAGGGGACACGGCCGUCAUCUACCCAGAGGCCCCGGAGGAUGAGCUGCAGCGCCAGGGCACGCCUGACGCCGGCAUCCACGACGAGAACGGAACUCCUGAUUCGUUCUCUCAGCUGCUCACCUGCCCAUACUGCGCACGAGGCUACAAGCGUUACAGCUCCCUGAAGGAGCACAUCAAGUACCGGCACGAGAAGACGGAUGAGAGCUUCAACUGCCCCGAGUGCAGCUACAGCUUUGCAUACCGCGCUCAGCUGGAACGGCACAUGACGGUCCACAAGGGCGGACGGGAUCAGAGACACAUCACACAGUCGGGAGGCAAUCGUAAAUUCAAGUGCACUGAAUGUGGCAAAGCAUUUAAAUACAAGCACCAUCUGAAGGAGCACCUACGCAUCCACAGCGGAGAGAAACCCUACGAGUGCUCUAACUGCAAGAAGCGCUUCUCCCACUCGGGCUCAUACAGCUCCCACAUCAGCAGUAAGAAGUGCAUCAGCGUCAUCUCAGUCAACGGCAGACCGCGCUUGGGGAACGCCAAAACCCAGACCCAGGGUCCGUUGCCGGUGCUGCCCACGUCGCCCUCGGUCCUCCGCACCCAGAUCAGGGAGAAGCUGGAGCACAGCAAGCCCCUGCAGGAGCAGCUGCCCCUCAAUCAGAUCAAGACGGAGCCAGUGGACUACGAGUAUAAGCCGACGUUGAUAACAUCCUCAGCCAUGGCCGCCAUGAACGGUGGGGUUUUCAAUGGAGGUGGUGCAGCUCCUCUGCAGGGCACAGUGCAGGCCGUGGUUCUGCCCACGGUGGGGCUGAUGUCUCCCAUCAGCAUCAACCUGGCAGACCUGCAGAAUGCCCUCAAAGUGGCGGUGGACGGUAACGUCAUUCGCCAGGUCCUGGAAAGCAACGCCAAAGGUCAGGUGCAGAUGAACUCUGGGUUAACCACUGGAAUGCUCCAUCCCGGACAGCAGCAACUCAUCUCAGCCAUCAGUCUGCCCAUUGUGGGUCAGGAUGGAAAUGCAAAAAUCAUUAUAAACUACAGUUUGGACCCCAACCAGGGCCAACUCAUGGCCCAUAACCUGAAGAAAGAACCUGAGCCCACCUCACCAGGCCAGACCACCACUGACAACUUCAAGUCCCAGAAACUCCCUGAGGAUCUAACCAUCAGAGGAGCCAGGCCCAAUGAAACUAAAGAAAAAGAGGAAAAGACCACUAAAACUUGUCUCCUGUGUGAUAACUGUCCUGGUGGGCUGGAAGCACUCCAUGCCCUCAAGCACUGCAAGAAGGACGGUCUCCGGCUGAACGGAGCGGACCUGGAUAUGUCUGAGUCUGCUGUCGCUGCCUUGCUGUCAGAGGGAAGACUCUGUAACCAGCCCAAGAACCUCUUGUCCCUGCUCAAGGCCUACUUUGCCUUAAAUGCAGAGCCCACCAAGGACGAGCUGGCAAAGAUCUCUGACUCGGUCAGCUUGCCAAUCCAUGUGGUUAAGAAGUGGUUUGACAAAAUGCAGGAGGGUCAGAUAUCACUGGGUGCCCCAACACCUCCCUCUGAGGAGGAGGACACCUGUGAGGUGUCUCUGGUCCCAGGGAAGGACACGGCCAAUAUGAGCCCUUCCGGGUCUCAGGGCAGCCCGACAGAAGCCACCCCAGACGAGGUCAACGGCACUCACAGCAUGCCGGCUACUCCUUCACCACUAAAUCUGACAGCUGCCGGUCCCGUUCCAGCCCCACCACCCCAGAGCACUGAGGGACCCCUAGACCUGUCGCUGCCAAAGCUCGCCAGAGAGGAGGCGGAGAGAGUGGUGGCUAUAGCCCGCGUUUACCCCUCCCUUUCCUCUGGCUCUACCAAUGCAGAUGAACCCCUAAACUUAACUUGCACAAAGAAAGAGGCAUCGCCACUCUCAGCCAUGGGCGUCAGCCCCAUCGCACUGUACGCCAGCCAGCCAGGUGCCAAAUCCGUCGACAUUGUGACCACAAUGCAAUGCCUACGGGCACUCGCCACUAACAACAAACAGACUAUCCUGAUCCCCCAGCUGGCUUACACCUAUACCACUACAGCAAGCAGCCCUGCUGGGACCGAGAUGCAGGAAAUCAUCCACCUCAACGGAGUGAAGGAGGAGAAGCCGGACACGGGCUCAGAGGGCGUGUCCACCGUGGAGGAGCAGAACGACUCGGACUCGGGCCCCGCGCGGAAGAAGAUGAAGAAGACGGACGGCGGCAUGUACGCGUGCGACCUGUGCGACAAGAUCUUCCAGAAGAGCAGCUCACUGCUGAGACACAAAUACGAACACACGGGGAAGCGACCUCACGAGUGCGGCAUCUGCAGCAAGGCCUUCAAACACAAGCACCACUUAAGACACAUGCGUCUCCACUCGGGGGAGAAGCCGUACCAGUGUGACAAGUGCGGCAAGCGCUUCUCGCACUCGGGCUCCUACUCCCAGCACAUGAACCACCGCUACUCCUACUGCAAGAAGGAGACACAGGGCCAAGGCGAAGGCCGGGAGAGCCCUGAGGGACAGCGAGGCCCGGGCCGAGAUGGAGGCACUGAGCAGGCUGGAGCGGCUCCUGCGCCCUCCCAGCUGGACCUGGACGAGCGGGGGAGCAGUGCGAGGGAGGACGAGGAGAGCGAGGAGGAGGCCGCGGUGGACAUGGAUGACAUCCAGGUGGUGCAGAUAGGGGACGAAGGAGGGGGAUGAGGAGGAGGAGGAUCAGAGAAUGAAGAAGAGAUGGAAAAAGUAUUGGAGGCGGGAGAAGGGGAGGAGGAGAGGAAUGAGGAGGAGACGGAGAGAGUAUUGGUGGAGGGAAGAGGAGAGGAGAGCAAUGAGAAUGGAGACUGAGAGAGAAUUGGUAGAGGGAGGAGUAGAGGAGGAGAAGAAGACAGCAAUGGUGGAGAAAAGAGGAAGACGAGGAGGAAAACGAGGAGGCUGACUCAAGGAGGGAGGAGGUGCUCGGUAGCAUUCAGGAAGAGGAGGAAGCCAGAAGGAGGAAGAAGAGGCGAUGGAUGCAGAGGAAGGGGUGACGGAAGAGGGGGAAGCAGAGGAGGUCACAGAGAAGAGUGGAGGUGAAAACAGACAGGGUUUCUGGAGAGCUGAACCAGACGCUGCAGGAGAAAGGAGAUACUGACUGAAGGAGAAAUCCGACUCCUCCACCAGACACAAAUCAGAUUCCUCCCCCCCGUGCGAGGAAGAACGCAGGAGAUGAUGUCCGUCACUCUGACAGUUCGUUUCAGUUCACUACUGUGUAGAAUCCAGGUGUGCCUGAAAAUAAUUCUGGUGACUUUUUUCCGCGUUUUUCUCGCUGUCCGAAAAAAAAAAAAUCAAUUUGUAAAGAAAAAGAUGAAGACGAAUACAAAUUUUAACAAACGAAGGAAAUGCAUUAUACAGACUUUGGAAGCUAGAGCCGAGACGUUUUAGAUAAUGUUUUAUUACUAAAACACCUUGGGCCAUUUCUUUUUAUCAGUGUUACUAAUUUUAUCACUCAUAUUUUAACCUUUAAAAGUUGUACAGUUGGGAGAUAUUUCUAUACCUUUUUAUUGCCAAUGAACAAAAAAAAAGUCAGUAUUUUAUUAAGUUGGAAGGAAAAUAAGACAAACCUGUGCACUACAAGUGGCUUGGUUUACCGAUGGAUUGAGCAGUUGAGUUGUCCACCUUCAGUAUUACCGCACCUGAUCCACCGCGCUAGCAGAUGUUAGCUUUACGGUUGCGUUUGAUUGGAUUGUGAGCCUUAAGAAGAAUAACAAUGGAGAGCGGUCUCUUCAGUCAUUGACUUCUUUUCAGACUCAUUGUUGUCAAAGACCAGUGUUUUAUAGUUAAUAGUUUGACAUUUUGGGAAAUAAACCCAGUUAUUUUCUUGAGGAGAGUUGAAUGCAAAGAACCCACAUGUCUGUCUGGUAAUAUAUGGCUACAGCCAGCAGCUGCUAACAUGGCUUAGUUUAGCUUAGCUUAGUUGAUCCUGGCUUAGCUAAGUUUAGCUUUAUAUGAGGACCAGAGCAGAGGGAAACAAGCUAGCUUGAGCUAAUCUAACACUGCUAAAAGCUAGCACUUAUUUCCUGCUCAUCUACUGUUCCACACUCCAGUCCAGCAAUGCAUGCUGGACUAUUUCUGACUUCCAGACAGAGGCAGGCUAGCUAACGUGGCUCAUCAUCUCCUGGCUUUAGCUGCAUAUUUACAGACCCAUAAGUGUGAAGUGUCCAUUUUUCCCAUCUGAUUCUCCCCCAGAAAGCCAAUAAGGGUAUCGUCUUUAAAUGUGUUCUUAAACUACUGCUUUAAGUGUUCAGAGCGCGCAGAAAGAUGAUCAAGCUAACUGUCUGACCCCCUACUCCGAGCCAUAUGCAAAAACAAAUCAAACUAAACAAGAGAAACAUGCAUAUCAAAAGUGCCAUUGAAUAUUGCUGUUGAAGCUCAGCAGCUAUGAUCCGGUAUUGAUCAACCAAUAAGCCGAAAUACUGUGGACUUUAGCUCGCCACCAUACCGAGAGAAGAGUUCGGUCUAUUCAUGAAUUCUAGAUGUUAGAAAAGUUGCUUUUUGUUUCUAAUCUGAGCAGCUAAAAGUUCAGAUGCACAUGCGUUCAAAUGAAUGAUGAAGUAUGAUUUGUAAUUGCUAACUGUGUCCUGCCUUUUCAAAGCUCAUUCAGUGCACUUGACCAUGAAACGCUCAGAUGUCUCUUCAGGUAACAAAAUGUAGGCAAAUAUGAAUCCCAGGAGUUUAAUUCAACAAUGUUUUUACCUGUCAGUAUUACUUUUUUGUCUCUUAUGUUGUUUUAUGUUCUGGUUCCUUGUGUGUACUGUAUGUUUUCAGCAAUGGCAGUAUUAUCCCCACCCCCAAGGAGAUGGGCAUGUCUGUUUAGUCAUAGAGAACUUUUAUAUUUAUGUGUCUUAUUUUUUAUAUUUCUUUAUGGUUAUUUAUUACACAAUGUAGUGUACAAGACUGUAGUUUGUAUUAAUACGAUAAUAUAUUUUAGUAUGGAAAACAAAGGCAAAUAACUACAAGCCUGGAAAUAUGAGACUCCAGCAUACUGAAGUGUGUUUUUAGAACAAAUAAAAAUGAUGUUUUUCCUCGGAAAAAGAAAACAACAACUCGCACCCUGCAAGCCUGAAAAUUGGAACCUAUGACCUCUGUGCAUCCAUUCUCAUGUUAGUUUUUGUUCCCCUCUCUAAUAUGAAGCUACUGAACUUUUGAAAACUAAUCGUAUGUCUAAUAGCAAUGAGUGGUGUGCUGUUUUAUUGAAGGAUUACCCUUAACCACACAAACUGUCCUUUUUGCCAAGCCAAAAUAAUAUUGACAUUUGUUCUUAUGUUUUUAUUUGUGCCAAUUUGUUACUUUAUGUCAGUGUCAAGACCACGCCCACUUUUAUAUACCCUUCCCCGUUUUAACACCCUCAUCUUUUUUAUAGUGAUUUAUUUUUUGUUUUUGUUUUUGUUUUUUUAUGACUCCCCAUCUCACAAUAAAAUACAUCAAUUACAAGCUGCUGGGUUUGUGAUGA